UCAGAGAGAGUGAGUCAGGCGAAGUCGAGUUUCAACAAGUCAGUCUUUUGAGUGCGCUCAGUCUAAGAGGGUCGUGAUACUGUUUGUUCUCAAUAUUUUAGUCAUUAUUUUGACAUUUUCCUUCGCCGCGCAAAUGUUUUUUAAAUAAGACAUAAUUUUUUGUAAGUUAGGGUUCAUUCAUAAAAGUAACGCGAGUGACUUCAAUAUUAACUCAGUGUGUAUUUAUUAUUGAUGUAAUAAAUUUUUUUGAAUUUAGGCUUUUCUAUUUGUUUUGAGACUGUGGUUUUUGAGUUUUCUGCAAUACUUUAGAGAGAUUUGAAAGAGUGCUUCUUGAGAGUUUUUCGAAAAUAAUUAAAGAGUUGUUUUUGAAUCUUGAGAAAAGAUUUUACUGAAUUGAAAUUGGGAAUUAGUGACUUCUUGGUAUUCCUGUUGCUACUGAAAGCGAAUGUACGGAAGACCCUGACAUUGCGACUCUAGCACGCGCGCAUACAUCAUGUUGCCGCGGGAAUUGUUCGUUUUGGCGACGCUGACGACCCUCAGCGUCGCGACGUCCGCCGCCUCCAUCGACUUUGAUCGUGGGGAUUAUGAGGUGUUUCCUGAUACCGAGGAAAAGUCUGCCGACGAUAAUGAUAAUGAAACUAAAGAUGCUCGAUUGGUGAGGUGCUACUGCAAUCAGCCAGAUUGUGUUUCCCAGUCAUAUUUGUGUAUGGGACGAGGAUGUUUCACCGAAUUGCCAUCAGGUUUGAAUCCAGCAUCUCUGAGACCAGAGCACAGUCCUUACAGUGGCUGCUUGGAGAAAAGUCUUAAGGAAAGACAGUGCUUGCCUGGAUUCUUGUGUUGUGAGGAGGAUCUCUGCAAUCAUGUUGACAGUCCUGCAGUGAGGAGUAGGCUCAACAAAACUCUUCAAGUACUAGUCGGAGAUUCCAGAGUGUUUUUGGGACCAAUGCAGCCAACAGGCCACGGGGUCCAAUCUACAGACGGCUGGUUCCGAACAGCCACAAUCGCAGUGCCAAUUUGCGGCCUCAUAGUUCUUCUCAUUUUGGCGAGUUUAGCCAUCAGACUGCUUCAACCCUUGCCAAAUCAGAUCGACAAACUGGGUUCACAUCGAAUGCCUGAUAACGCGCCACCUUUACUCGGACCACCCAAAGUGCCUUUGGUCUGAAAGACCACUCGAUAGAUCCAAAGACUUUUUUCUAUCAUUCUAGAAUGUUCUGAAAAACAAACAGCGAUACACGUUUAACUGAGGCCCAGGCGCACUAUCUUCAUUUGAAAUUCAAGUCAAACACAUUAAAAACAUGUGUAAGAAAAAUAUUUUCAAAACUUAAAUCUCAAACGGAGGUCUGCGAUUGGUCCGAAGACUUCUAGAAAGCUAGCGGGCCCAAGUGGCUCCACUCGGCUGUGAAUUUUUCUCGAAGAAAACACCAGUGUAAAUUAUAUAAUUAUGUGUAUAAAAAUAUCUGGAAUAUCUAUUCUCGCGUACCAACAUGUUAUAUAUUAUUAUAUAUAUUUUGUAACUACUAGAAAAAUAAGACUCGCAUUUCCCCUCGAGGGGGCCAAAAUGUUUCGCGGCAAGAUUGUGAGAGUGGAUCGCGACAUUCGAGAUUGAAUGCAUAAUAUAGAAGGCCAUAAUUACGAUGAAUCACGCUUUAUAAACAAAAUACUAAAAUUUAUACGUUUAAUCUCAGAAUCUUCUUAAUUAUGGCAAAUCAGAUCUCUAAUAGCGGAGGCUCCAUUUUUGCACCGAAUUUCUUCUUUUUCUACUUUAUUUUAAGUUCUCUUUUUCGAUCUUUUCUAAAUUAUUUCUUAGCACCUAUUAUUUAUUUUUCCAAUUCAAAUGCACACGAUGCGAUUAAUUGAGGGAGCGUUAAAAUAUCACGACUUUUAUCAAUAUUAGAGCACACUGAAAUCUUGAGCGAGAUCGGUUUUUAAAUUCUUUAAAUUUCAGGGUGGCCGUUUUAUUUGAAGAAACAAAUUCCCGGUCAUUUACUGGUUCGUAAACAUUUUUCACGGCCAAUAAAAUUAAAUAAUGAAAACUCUAAAGCUAAACAGUUUUCUGUUUUGAAUAAUUAACAAUGAACUACAGAUUAGAGCACUCAAAAUGGAACUGUUGAAUUUUGAACUUUUAAAUUUGCAGUUUAAAAGUUUUUAAAUUAAAACAUUUUGUAUUAAAAUGCUUAAUAAU